CGCCGGCGCUCCAAACUCGCGACCAGCACAUACACGGAUAUACGUACGUGCUGCCCCGGCCAUCGCCGGCCGAUCGCCGCUUCGACCAGGUUCAGGCUUCCAGAUGGCGCUGAACGAGAGCCUCGCCAGGUUCCAGCUGCUGCAGGAGAGGAACCAGGCGGCUCUGUCCGCCAUGGCCGCAACUAGAACCUCCUCAUCAUCAUCAUCCACUAAGCCGUCCCAGCGGCAGCCCGCUCCAACUCCACGGCCGGCGGCCAAACCAUCCCCGUCCCCGUCCGCGCCUGCCGUCGUCGUCAGGUUCUCCGAUGACACGGCGCGGCUACGGAAGAUCAACGAAGUGAGGACGUCCACCGUCGGGCACCAGAUGAAAACCGUGAUCGACCUGCUCGACAAGACGAGGGAAGCUCUUACGUCGCAUCAGAUCAACCAACGGACCUACGUCGACAUCGACGGCAACAGGACCCUCGCCGAGAGCCUCAGGAACAACGUCAAGGUGCGCUUUGACGGGCGACGAUACUCCUACAAGCCUACGCACGACGUCAAGGGCAAAGGCGAGCUGCUUACGCUGAUCAAGAGCUUCCCCGACGGCCUCCCGGCGUCCGAGGUGGAUGACGCGUAUCCGGCCGUCCUGGAGGAUCUACAGGUUCUCAAAACCUCUGGUGACGUCUAUCUGCUACGGGGCGAGGGAGGCAUCAUCACGUACCCGAACGACGACCCGAGGGCGAGGAUGGAGGUGGACGCCGAGCUCAAGAAGCUGUUCCACGACAUCAAGCUGCCGCGGGAGAUGAUCGACAUCGAGAAGGAGCUUCGGAAGAACGGCGAGAGGUCGGCCACCGACACUGUGAAGCGGCGUGCGGCGGAGCAGCUCCAUGGCCGGCACCCGAAGCCCAAGAAGGCCAAGAAGAAGUCGCGCGGGAUCACCAGCAGGACCAAGCUCACCAACGUUCAUCUCCCGUGGCUCUUGGACCUACCUGUGGACUCCAAAGAUAUCAUCUGAUCUGAUGGGUGAUGGGUAUGUAAAUCAUGUAUGGCACGUGGAUUGGAACUUCUGACUUUCUCUUGGAUUCUAUAUUAUACUCUGCCGUUCCAAGAUGCACCUGCCCAAGCCCUACAACUUUAGGACUGAGAUUGUCUUCUAAAAUUAUGGUGUGUUCAGUUAAAAAAAAGUUAUGGUGUGUUACUUACAAUCUAGAUGUCAAGUGACUAAGUGAACCGAACUGAAUUUGCAGCCUUUCUUGUGCUCUCACUGAUUACAUCAAAGGA